CAUUUCCUAGAUUCUAGCAGGAAAUGGACAGACACUUGUUAAAAAUGUAAAUAUUUAUACAUUUAAAUAUUGUGUGAGAAAGAAUUAUCGUGAAAUGAUGUUUUCAUUGUAAUAAUCAUCUUUCUAUUUGCAUGUCAAGAUGAACUCCAGUGGCACAAGUGUGCCCACCGUAAACCUUUCUACACCUAUACCUGUUACAACAAGUAUCCCUGGUAACCGUAGCUCCAUGACAACACUUCUGCCGGCCCUGGAGAAUGUGACGGGGAAUGCAUCGUACAUCCAGCCCCUGAUCUUCCUCCAAACCAGAGCAGCCCAGGGCAUUGGGGGUGUGUGUGCCUUCCUGGCACUCCUCAUUACUGUCCACCAGAUCUAUCUGCACCUGCGAUACUACACCUGUCCUAACGAGCAGCGAUGGAUUGUGAGGAUCCUGUUUAUUGUCCCAAUCUACUCCUUCGAUUCCUUCCUGAGUCUCAUGUUUUUCAACAAUGACAAUUACUAUGUGUACUUUGACAGUAUUCGUGAUUGUUACGAAGCAUUUGUGAUCUACAGUUUCCUGAGUCUGUGUUAUGAAUACCUCGGUGGUGAGAGCUCAAUUAUGUCGGAAAUCAGGGGAAAACCAAUCAAAUCCAGCUGGAUAUGGUGUACAUGUUGCCUGUCUGGGAGGCAGUAUACAAUCGGCUUCCUCAGGUUCUGUAAACAGGCCACUCUUCAGUUCUGUAUCGUGAAACCUGUGAUGGCAGUGAUCACCCUGGUACUUCAGGCCUUCAGCUUGUACAAAGACGGCAAUUUCUCACCCAGCUCUGGAUAUCUGUACAUCAUGCUUAUCUACAACCUGUCCAUCAGUUUUGCUUUGUACGCCCUUUUCCUAUUCUACUUCGCCACCAGAGAAUUGCUGAGCCCAUACGACCCCCUGUGGAAAUUCUUUACCGUCAAGUCUGUUAUCUUCUUGUCAUUUUGGCAGGGGGUUGUACUGGCUAUUCUUGAGAAAGGAGGUGCAAUAAGUCCCAUAUAUUCUGAAGAUGGUAUAAUGAGACAAGGAAUGGGUACAGUGUCUGCUGGAUAUCAAAAUUUCUUCAUCUGUAUCGAGAUGGUGUUUGCGGCUUUAGCCCUAAGGUUUGCAUUCCCACACUCUAUUUAUAGUUCCAGCCCCAGCUCUACUGCUGGUCGCACAGUGUCGCUACAAAGCAUCUCCAGCAGCCUGAAGGAAACCAUGAACCCACGUGACAUCAUGCAGGAUGCCAUUCACAAUUUCCACCCCCAGUACCAGCAGUAUACACAGCAAGGAAUGAAGAUCCCCCAAGAGGAGGAGGCUGCAGACGGCUGGCCAUACGACCAGUACCAAAACCGGCCUGUACAAAAUGGCAACGGCCCCUCCUCUGUGGCGGCGAAUACACUCAACACAAACCCAUCAACCCGCAGUCAACCUCGGCCACCAAUCGCAAGCCAGCCAGCAAAUAAUGGGUCCACUAUUACGCCUCACAGAAGGUUCAAUGAGAAGACAACUCUUUUAAGUUCUGAUGAUGAAUUCCAGUGAUGAGACCUUAUAGACAACUGCUAUUCAGAUGAUGAGAACACUUGACACCAUUAGUAGAGUGUAUUCCACUGUGUGUAGUGCUGGAACAGUUGUUGAGUAAGAUUGGGUAUAACUCCACGCCUUGUAGCUGAUGCUGUAGAGUUACCCUGGCACAUCACAGGUCAUUAUUUAAUUGGACAAGGUAAUAAGUUGGACUGUUCUAAUUUGAUUAAUUAAGGAAGCAAGGAUACCAUUGUCUCGACUACCUUGGGGUGUAGUUAUAGAAUCUUCCACUUCCUUUGGGGCAAGAUAGUCAAAUAUCCACCUGAUGCUUAACAUUCUUAAAUUUUCAAACCUAUUAAUUGCCAGAGGUGUAAUAUAAUGUAAGGAUCUUACCCAGAGGGUUAAAAUUUGCCCAUUUUGCCACUUAACAAGGCAUAUGAUUCUUUUUCUCAUUACAAUGGAUUUGAUUUAGUGUUUGAGAUUCAGUAUAAAAAUGAAGAUCUAUAACUUAAGGUACCAUAUAUACAUAUUAUGUAUGUAGAUAAAAGUUUAACUGACUAUACCUCCUCCUAGACUAACUGAUAACCUUAGUUUUGAAUCAGAGACAACUCUACAUUUUAACAAAGAGAUUGAAGAUGAUACUGAAGUAGACUAUCUUACUGAGGAUUUGAACAUAAGUCUGAGACGAGAACCAGUGUACAGGAGGGGAGAUGUAGACAUGUCUUUGUUGUUUUGACAUGAGUAGAUUGGUUACGGCUGGGAGUAAGAGAUUCUUUACUGUAUUUUCAUUCCUUUGUAUUCUGUCCUUGAAUCUAAAAGCUAAUAUUUAGAUGUGCACUGGGUUUUUAUA